GAAUGGAGGCGCCGUCGGCAGCUGGACGCGUCGCUCCGUCCCGGGCCGAGAGGAAAGCGCAGGAACGGGAGCAGAUCCUGGAGCGGGAGAAGCGCAGGAAGACGCUCAAACUGGUGUCCCGCAUCCUGAAGAAGUCGGAGCUCGAGCGCACAGCGGAGGACGCGGAUGAGCUGCGGCGCCACGAGGACACAGUCCGCGAGCUGUGCACGCGGCAGCUGCGCAGGAGCAUCCUGAAGAGAAAACAGGAGGAGGUGUUUGACGACGCCGAGGAGCUGCGGAGGAAGGUGUCGCAGCUGGCGGUGGCGGUGCGUGGAGCCAGGCACCUCGUGGUGUACACUGGAGCGGGCAUUAGCACGGCGGCUUCCAUCCCCGACUACCGUGGUCCAAACGGCCUGUGGACUCAGCUACAGAAGGGCCGUUCGGUGAGCACCUCGGACCUGAGCGCAGCAGAGCCCACGUUGACCCACAUGAGCAUCCGGAUGCUCCACAAGGAGAAGCUGGUGCAACACGUGGUGUCUCAGAACUGCGACGGACUCCACCUGCGCAGCGGGCUGCCCAGACACGCCCUGUCGGAACUUCACGGGAACAUGUUCAUGGAAGUGUGCACCUCGUGUUCCCCAGCCCGGGAGUACGUGCGGCUGUUUGACGUGACGGAGCGCACGGCGCUCCGGAGACACGGCACGAGCCGCCGAUGUCCCCAGUGUGGUGGCGAGCUGCGCGACACCAUCGUGCACUUCGGCGAACGGGGAACCCUGGAGCAGCCGCUCAACUGGAAAGGCGCCAUGGAAGCUGCCGCGAAGGCCGACGUCAUCCUCUGCCUGGGCUCUAGCCUCAAGGUCCUUAAGAAGUAUACCUGUCUGUGGUGCAUGAACAAGUCGACGGACAAGAGACCGAAACUGUACAUCGUCAACCUGCAGUGGACACCGAAGGAUGACCUGGCAACCUUGAAGAUCCACGCAAAGUGCGACGAUGCGAUGCGUCUUUUGAUGCAGGAGCUGGACAUUACCAUUCCGCCGUAUGUCAAAGCAGAAGACCCUAUUUUCAGAUUGGCCACCCCAUUAAGGCCCGGAGAAGAAAACAGCCACACGCGUAAAGUUAUAUCGCCAUCUGCUGGACAGGAGGACUGCGUGUCGGCUCCCAAGGGGACGGCCUUGAGCGCGGCGGUUCAGGGCGGCUGGUUUGGACGAGGGUACUCCAAAGGAAGGAGAAAAAGGAAGACGUCAACCUAAUGAAGCUGGCAUUAAAGACACUACCUAAAAAUAUUCAGGGAUAUAUUGGUCAUACAUUUCUCUUUUAUAGGUUUCUGCAAAACCAUCUCUGUGGCAACGUGGUCUGUGCGAUGGUUGACGUUGCGUGCUAUUUAUUGAAUUAGUAUUGUUUGCACCUUACUUUGCCCUCAGGUAUUAAGUUGGAGCAAUACGAUGACUUCAGCGGGGAAACCUGUCCGACGGCGCGAAGCGGAAGUUUGAAAAUUGCGUUCCCUUGUCUGCAGUUGACAUGUUUACAUUUACGCUCCCUGGACAUUGCAGUAUGUGAAGCUCUGGAUGAAUAUUUGAGUCGGUUUCUGCUCGUUGUACUGACCUGUGCAGGAGAGAUCAGGAGGAUAAGGAGGUUUUAAAGUACUUUGGCUCUGUUACACAAGUUUUACCUCUUCCUUUCUUCUAGUAGGGUAAUAUCAGAGUUGAACAGGACGUUUUGCUUUUCGUGGGUAGAUUUUGAAGGGUGAUGGUUAAGGAACUCUGCCUGUGACCGGAAAUGGACUUUUCAGGUCUCUGGAUUUUCCCUUGCCAUCGGUACCUGGAGCAAGGUACGCAGCCUUACGCUCUUACCAGAUGUGUAUAUAAGAGGUAUAAUAAUUUGUUGCGCUUGAGUAAAAAGCAUCUGCGGAGCAGCUAAACGCAAACUUCCGGCAGUUUGUGACCGCAGCCUCGUCGACGUCUCUGUGUUGUGAAUCGCUGGGAAGUCUUUGACCCCUUCAGUGCGCGCUGGAGGUUUUGCAGGUGAGCUGGGUAUGACGCCGACGCCUCCGCUUUGGCCCCGGUGCUCUCAGGGUAAGCAGGACAAGGGGAAACGUGCGGCACCGUGUAACAGCAACCUGGACCGUGCGCUCGAACAGACCGCAGCGCACGGUGCCGGGCGGGACACUUUUUCCUCUGUCGCCGCCGUUCCGGCCCUGUUGCGGCAGUUUUUCUCUUUUCGGUGUUUUAAAAAUGGUGUUUGUAAACUUGAUCAUUCCAGUAGAGCUGAAAGCAGCAACACUGUGACGGGCGCUGCCCUGAGCCCUCCCUGUACGGGGGGCUCUUGGUUUUACUGUGUGGAUUGUAAUA